CAGUUACGCCAAUUUUUAUCAUGAAAACCUUUCAGGAAGAUCUGGAAGACAAUUUAUCAUUCAUUCAAGAACACGAGAAUGUAAUCAACAGUCAUCUCGUAAAUUUUAUAACUGAGGAUUUAUGGGAGAAAUUACCGAGUGAUUUACAAGUGGAAUUGCAACAAUUCGAAGGGGAAAUGGAUUUUUUAUUAUUAGUAAAACGAUGUCCUGCAUUAAAAUUGAUGAUAGACAGAGCGGAGACAUUGAGUUUGAAGAGUAAUCCCAAAGUUCUGGACUUAGAAGACUUUUCAGUUGAGUUUUUAAACGAUACUCUAAAUUCUGAAGAGAGAAAUUCGUUGAAAGACAUUCAGAAUGAUUUUAUGAAGGACAAGAAGAGAUACGAGAUUUCAAAUUUCGCAAAAGUCAUCGCCUGUUUGGCAAAUGGAAAUAAAUGCCUGGUUAUUGAUGCUGGGGGAGGAAAGGGAUAUCUGGCGACUCAUUUAUCCAAUAAAUAUUCAAUCCCGGUUUUAUCACUGGAUUCCAACCCCAGGAGAAACAAAAGUGCAAUCAAUCGACAGAAAGUACUGGAGAAAACGAAAAAUCAAACAUUUCCACUUUCACAGCAUUCUGUUGAAUUUAUCCACGACAGUACUAAUUUUUCGGAGUUAGUCAAAUCUUAUUUUCCUGAUUGGAGGGGAGAGGAUUAUCUUCUCACUGGACUCCACACUUGUGGACCUCUAGCCCAUUCUAUUAUCAAAACUUUUACUCGUUCUGAGACUUUGAAAAUUCUCUGCGUCGUCUCCUGUUGUUAUCAUUUAACAGAAGAAUUUCUGACUACUGACGUCAAUUUUUCAAAGACCAUGCGGAUGUUGGCUCAACAGUCUGUCGAGAGAAUUUCUGCUAAAAAUGCUGAACAACCCAUUUCGAUUUUUUAUAGAUCUCUUCUGCAACUUUUGCUGAAAAAUCUGAAAAUUCCGGAUGUUAAAAUAGGAAGAGGAGCUCCAACCGAGGAUUUUCAGACUUACGUUACCUGGAGUUUAACGAAAAUUGGAUUACCUCCCGAUCAAAUUCCUUCCGAAAAAGACUUGAUCGAUCUCCAAAUGAAAUAUUCAAAUUAUCGUUGGAAGUUAAACAUUUUUCAAACAAUUAGAGCGCACAUGGGAUCCGUCAUCGAGUCUUCUAUAAUCCUAGAUCGCUUCAUUUAUCUCCAACAAUCCGAAAAGUGUUCCAAAUUAUCGAUAGUACGCGUUUUCGAUCCAUUAUUAUCCCCCAGAUGCUUCGCAAUAAUUGCAUUGAAGUAAAAUAAAAAAACCUGGAGGAAUAAUAUUAAAAAAUGACGAGAAUUAUCAACUCCUUAUUUUUUAAACGAAUAAAAACGAAAAUUAUAGUU